AUGGUUAUUUCGAGAGACCAUGUUGUCGCUGCCAAAAUCAGAAAACAGCAAAAACGAAAACACCGGAGAUGCAAUGAAAAACAGAAAGAGGAGGCGAACAAAAACGGAGAGUCUGAUCACCAUAAAAUUGAAGAAGAUUCGAAUUGUUCUAAAAUAGCUGAAGAAAUUCCAGCCAAAAAACUCAAGAGCAAAAUUGUGGACGAAGAACCGAGUUCUCCUGAAAUAGCUGAAGAAAUUGAAACUGGAAAACACAAGAGCAAAAAUGCUGAGGUAGCAUCAAAUUCUUCAUUAGUAGCAAAAACUAUCAAGAGCCGAACAUCUUAUCUCCUCAAACUUGAUGAAGAAUCAAAUUCUUCUGAAGUUUCAGAAACUACCAAAACCACAAAAUCCGAGCGCACCGAAAUUGAAAAGCCGACUUCAAAAGAAGAUGAAACGCACAGUAUGGAUGAGCGGCGAAAGGAAUUGUUAAUUGAGGCACCUUGUCAGGGAAAAUGGGUGAAUCUAGCCAUCAGCCAAAAAGAUGCAACGAAAGUCCGCUUUCGUCAAAAGAUAGUUGACAACGUGACCUAUAAAUAUACAAUGCCUCGAUAUCUCUCUAGCAGAAGUUGGGAGCUGUACACUGAACGUGAAGAAAUGUACUGCAUAGUUUGGAAUGUAAAAAUAAAGAGUGGAAAUAAGGUUAUUGUAACUGUCGGUGAUGCAGGAAUUUGGGUAAAAAAUUUUGGUGCACAAGUUUCGACAGAUAUCGGAAAUCUUAAAAAGCCUAAAGCGGUUGUAGCGGCGCACAAUUUAGAAUCAGGCCAAAUUGUUUUGGACUUUUUUGGCACACAGCAAACUGAAACAGUGAUCGGAUUAUCUGAAAACGUGACAGGAUUCUGGGUUCCAAUUGAGUUAGGCAAAGAACAGAAGUUUGAAUGUUUUUUGGACGUUGAGCAACUCAAAGAAAUGAUUAGCGACUCAAAACUGGAUCAAAACGAGGCUAGCAAUCGAAAAGAGAGAGAAGAACCUUUGAGAAUCGGUGAUUUUGUGCGCGCACAGAAAGCCAUCCAUGGAGUUACAAUAAGGAAUCACCCUGAUUUAACUGCCAUGAUUUUGAAUUGGGAAUCAGACGAUCAUUCGAUAUUUGAGACAAUCAAAUGUCGAGUAUGGAAUAUCACUCCUAAUGGUGGUGUUAUUUUGACUUGUAAGCCUCACUUCAUGGAUCCCAAAAUCGAGCCGAAAAGUUUAGAGUCUUAUAAUCCUUUUGAUCGUUAUUCCGGAAUUGUUAGUUUUGUUGAUAAUGUAAAUGAUUAUUACGUACUGGAUAGUUUUGGCGUUAGAGCAAAGUUGCCUGGUAGUGCCAUACCUCACGAUUUCUUUGAUGUCAACGAUAUCAACGAAGCGGUGAUCGAAUGCAGCGUUGUGAUUAGUGAGCGAGACUGUCUUGUAGUUGGCCUUUUGACAGAUAAAUCAGAAAACGAACUAGAUUCUGAUAAUUCAGCUGAAAAAUUGGCCGAGUGUGUGUUCAAGACAAGUGAGCUAGAGCUUGAGUUUGUGUGCAAGGAAGAUGAUUGCUGGCUUGCGAAAACACCGGACGGUAAAAAGUACAGUUUGAAUCGCAAACAUUUGCAUGACUGGAAGUGGCUUGCAGAUGUUCAGUUUCAUUUCAGCAAGCCAGGUUUCAAAAUCAAAACACGGGUAGCCGAUAUCUCUGAACCGUUACUAGAAAGCUCGUCAGCUUUUGAAGGUGAAAUAAACCAUGCUAGUUUGAAGCAAAGUCUGACCUCGGAAUCGGUCAAUCAUUGGACGUUGUCGGAAGGCUCCAAGUUCUCAGGAUUUGUAGUUCGUAAAACAGAGAAGGGUUUGUUUGUUAAAAGUACUGUAGGCGACCAUGUUUUUCUGCCAUACGACUUGCAAGCAGAUAAAAGAUUCACUCGGAACUUAGAGCAGCACUCAACUGUAAAAGGAACUAUUUUGACCUCGGAUUCAGAUAGUAAAAGACACGUCGGAGUAUGUUCUCUCGAUGCUUGCAAACUUGACAGAGAAAAAUUUCUACAAAAGAUGAAAUCGAUGAAAGAAGGAAUCGAAUUAAUACGCAAUUUUUUUCUAGGAAGCAUGCAUCAGGCAGAGAUUAUCACGGUUGUCGAUGGAGCCGUAACUGCUAAAAUUGGCGAGGUUCAGGCAUUGGUUCCAAAGUGCGUCGCAAGUUUCAAAAGAGGUGAAAGACCGGAAAUGUUGGUGGGAACGCAGUUAGAAGCAAUUGUAGUUGGAUAUAGAUACGGAAAAGACGUUGAGGGUUUAGUUGUUGCGCCGGCUUGCGACCAAAAGGAGACAAAUUUGAUUGAAAACCAAACCUAUAAAGUCACUAUAGUUUACUGGUGUUCUGAUUUUUCAAUUGGUUUGCCGGAAAAUGUUAACCAGAUAGUAAUGCUUAAAUACAGUCCUGAAUAUGAAGCGGUUCUGGUGAGAAUAGUUAAUAGAUCUCCGUUUGAGGAAAUUUUUAUCGGUGAAAUAGUCGAACGUAUAGACAGAGAAGACGUCCUACCAAGAUCACUUAUUAGCCAAUCAGAAUGCGAGAGGAUGACAGGUACUCAAGAUCUUUCGGAAUCAUUUAACAACGAUGCAGAGUUCAACAACAUAAGACCAAUUGAAGCUGGAAUUAUCGAUGUUAGUAUAUUCUAUUUGAGAUUGCGCCUUAAUGAUGGAUCAAUUGGCAAAAUGUUUAUGGGUCAUUAUGAAAUUGAAGGUGAUAAGAACUGGGAAGGUCAGAAAUGGAUGUUUGCGGAGAACUUUGUGGGCAAAAACAUUGACGUGGUAGUAUUGGCUAGAGCAGGCGGCCAGAAGUUAUUACAUUCCUUCCCAACGACAAGAGAAGGUCUGAAAGAUAUGUACCGUUUGACAACGAAUGAGGAUGAUGAAAUCUACAGAACAAAUCUAAGCAACUGUAUUUUGCCGGAAGAACUGCCCUACCUCAAAAGUAAACUUGGAUCGGAUGGAAUGGGCAAAAUUCAUGGUUACGUCCAGAAAAAUAACAAGCGUUUCAUUACUUUUCAAAUAACGCCAUUCGUAGCUAUCGAAAUCCCAUAUGAAUAUAUUUGGGAGGACGGUUCGAGGGCCAGGUUACAGAAAGGUUACUGCAUGCCUCUCUGUUACAAAAUAAAAGACUGUGAAUCUGCGAGCAUAUGCGUAGGCUAUGCCCGAACAUUUUCACUAGGUGACUUAGAAGAAGGCAUGACUAUUUUAUUGCAAAGACAGGACGAAAACAAAGUGGUGUAUGGAUGCUUAAACGCCGAGUGCAAAUGUAUGGAAGGCGUGGAAGAUGAAGUGUCUCAAAUUCCAGUGAAGGAUUAUUUCUACGCUGAGAUUGUAAACAUUGGAAGAGAAGAUAAUGAAGCUUGUAUCUACUACCGUCCUCAGCCCAACUCAAAUUUUCCGCCAGAUAAUUUCAAACUUCGCCAACAAAAUUCUCAACGAAUUGCAUUAAAGCGACACAUCAAAGCUGCUUCUAAAAGAAAUGACUCAAUGCGCCUCUCGAUUGAAAACGAUUGGGCCAACAAGUUUAAAACUCAAGCAAAACAAACUGAUAUUCGAGAAAACACUGUACAAAAAGAAGCGAUCGACAGCUCGAGGAUUGAUAAAGUUGGAGAACUUUCAGAAAAUAAUUGUCUCAAUUUUACCUGGAGUGAUGACGAGGAAUCUUAUUAUAAAGCUAUAAAUGAAAAGUCGGUAGCUAAUUCGAUUCCUUAUACUAAGAUAGCCAAAAAAGCAAAACAGACCGAGCAAAUCGAAGAUAUCUCAAAAUCUGAACAAGAAGAAAAAGAAGUAGAAGAAAAAGAAGAAGAAAAAGAAAAAGUAGAAAAGGAAGAAGCGAAAGUUGAAACAAAUGUUGAUUCUCUUCAAACCUCAAAGAAAACAGCUUUAGACGUUGACAAAUCAGUUGUCAGUAAACUCGAAUUAGGUGUCAAGGUUGAGUCUGAUAAUGUAAAACAUUGGCUUAACAUCAUCGAUUAUUACGUUCAAUUGUCCGACAUAGGUAACGUGCGCUCAAUAUGUCGAAGAGGAAUCGCAGCUUUGGACGAUUUGAAAUACGAUGAAAAACUCCUCAUUUGGACCAGACUUCUAAAAGCGGAAGUAAAUUUAGGUUCUUCAGAAAGUGUCCAGGAAACAUUCACCUUGGCUACUAAUAGAAACAAUCCAUUGAAAACGCAUUUCGUAAUGGCCGAUAUAUGGGAGGAAAAUUCAAAUUUUUCCAAAGCAGCUGAGACUUAUAAAUUAGCGAUCAAAAAAUUCAAAACCAAGAAGCAAACUUGGAUUAAGUAUCUCGAAUUUCUAUUUCGAAAUAAGAAAUUCAAGGACGGCGCUGAUUUAAUCUCAGCAAGUUUCCCUUCUUUGACAAAUCAAGAACACGUUGACAUAAUUUUGAAGAAAGCUGAACUUGAGUUUAAAUACGGCGAAAAAGAAAGAGGGAAAACGAACUUAGAACAUUUGUUAAGCACUUACCCGAAACGAACAGAUGUUUGGUCCAUUUACUUGGAUCUCUUGAUCGCGGCUGGUGAUUACGACGAUGUGCGAUCUGUGUUUUCGCGUAUUUUGGCGCUUAAUUUGCGCUUGUAUAAGUUGAAACCAUUAUUCAAGAACUACUUGCGUUUUGAGCGCAAUUAUGGGUCGGAAGAAUCGUAUGAAAAGUGGAAAAAUGAAUUUGACUCCAGAUUCAUAAAAACUGAAGGUUGAUUGUCGGAUGAUGAUUUGUUAUUGUUCUGAUACAAUGUAAAUAUUCAAUCAACAUUUUUUCCAAAGCUUUAAAAUAGAAGUCGCAGAAAACUAAGAUCAAUGUGAGAUUAAAUGUGAU